AAUUUUUUAUAUAUAAAAAAAAUAUUUAUAUAGUAUUUCAAAAGAACUGUAAAAUAUCCGGACGUGUGUUUUGAAAAAAAAAUCCUUCAAUAUUUCGUGAAAAAAAAACAAUAAAAUAAACUUAAAAAAACAUCAAACAAACAAGCAAAUAUUACGCAAGACAUUUGUAUAGUUUGCAAAUGCAGUUGCAGCUUGUUAACAAGCAAGCUAGCAUACAGCAAGUGCCUCAAAACCACUUAAGGCACGUUUGUCGUCGUCGUCUUUCGUCUAUUGCAUAUUGCAUGUGUCAUUUUGUUGAAUUUGCCAAUCAAUAAAGCUUACUCCACUUCAAUUGAAAGUGCCAUUCGGAUUGCAAGUCGCCGCUAGAACGUUACAACUAUACUCUUGGCUCUGUAGCCUAGCGAGUCGGCAGUUGUUAGUUAAGUUAACUUAAUAGCAGCAUAGUGUAUUGGCAAAUUAUUGUUUUGUGACACACUGCAGUGAUAGUUUGGUGUCUUUUGGUCUCCCGCUCUGCCGCUUCUAACGCUCUUGCCAAACAACGCCGCCGGCCGCCGGUGAUUUGUCCUUGAGAAUUCACACACAAAAAUAAAUUGUGCAAUUUUUUUUUUUUAUAUUUUUCUAUGAAUUUUGUGUUUCGUUAAGUUUUUUUUUUUGUUACAAAUCCUGUCAUUUUGAAUUUUAUUCUUAGAAAAUGUUGUUUUAAUGUUCUUUUUUUUUAUACACAAAAUAUAAUUAAAUCAUUAAUCUUUAGCACAAAAAUAAUUAUUGACAGUGUCUAUAUGUUUAUUUUUUUUUAAUUUGUAAUUCGUGAUAUGUAUUUUUGACACCAAUUUGGGGUCAAUAUAAGAAACAAAUUUGUGUUCGAGAGGGGAUUUACAAAUCUCUUAAUUAAUUGAUAAGUGGGUUUUUGAAUAUUGAUUUAUAAUCAAUUAAAUAACUGUGAGUUAGUGCGAGUGUGUAAGGUCAGAAAUAGAAAAAAAAAAGAAGUUUAAUUUUGAUAAAUUUAUUAUAUUGAUUGACAAAGAGAAAAAUGCCUUCAUAUCAUGAGGACGAACUUGAAGUAUUGCAAAAUGGUAAAUCAAAGCCUGAUAUAUGUGCGGGUAUUGGAUUACCCCCAACGAAGGUGGCGGCAAUGGUGACGAAAGAACAAGAAAAACCACUUGGUGAGAGGAGAAAAGCUGUACUUAGACAGACCCUAAUGGUGAUAUUUGCAAAUUCUGGAGUAAUUGGCUCUGGAUUAGCUGUUGCAAUGCCAGCUGUAACAUUAAAACAAUUUCAAGAUGAAAAUGAACCAAUCUACCUGAAUCCAUCUGAAGCAUCAUGGUAUGCUUCUAUAAAUACAAUGGCAUGUCCACUUGGUGGUAUGUUAGUUGGAUAUUUACUUGACAAAAUAGGCCGAAAGCGAACAAUGCUAAUAAAUAAUAUUAUUGGUAUUAUCGGAUGGGCGUUAAUAGCUGGUGCAUUCCAAAAAGAUAAAGAAUCCGCUUAUAUACAGAUUCUAAUAGGACGAUUUAUAAGUGGUGUUAUGAUUGGACUCUUUUGUUCUCCAACUGGUGUAUACGCAGCUGAAAUUACACUACCAAAAAUUCGAGGGAAACUUCUGCUGGGUACUGCUGUAGCGCUAUCACUAGGAAUAUUGUCUAUGUACACAAUAGGCUACUUUAUAAGGGAUAGUUGGAGGCUGAUAUCAACAAUUUGUCUGUGUUAUCAAAUACUCUGUUUUCUAAUGGUUAUUCCAAUGCCCGAAUCUCCUAGCUGGUUAAUGCAAAAGGGACGAGCUGAAGACUCAAGAAAAUCAUUAAAGUUUUUCCGAGGAAUUGACAAAAAUGACUUUACAACUUAUGAUGAAUUCGAAACAGAAUUCAGUCAAAUCAAAAAGACUUCCCAAAUUGCUGCCAACGAUGAAAAGCAAUCCCUACUCACAUCACUCAAAGAACCCGAAGUCUACAAACCAUUUCUGAUAAUGCUCGGAAUGUUUGCCUUCCAACAAUUCUCCGGAGUCGUUGUGGUUGUUGUCUAUGCUGUACAAAUUGCCGUCACAGCUGGUGUUCAAAUGGAUCCAUUGUUGUGCGCCAUUUUUGUUGGACUCGGCCGAAUCUGCACAACAUGCUGUUUAGGCUACAUUCUCGAGACCUGGGGUCGUCGACCAGCCGGAAUGGUAUCUGGAUCUGGAAUGGCCGCUUGCAUGUUACUCAUUGCCGCUAGUUCCUGGUUUCCUGUGAUUCUUCAACAUGCCCCAUUCUUACCCGCCGUUUGUAUUGUCUUACAAUUCAUGUUUAGCACAAUGGGUCUGUUGACGUUGCCAUUUUAUAUGAUUUCUGAAGUAUUCCCACAAAAAGUGAGAGGAGUUGCAUCGGGAAUGACCGUUUGCAUUGGCUUGAUUAUGUCAUUUUUAGUAUUGAAAAUCUACCCAACAAUGGUUGAUGCAUUGGGUAAUGAGAAUAUAUUUGCGUUUUAUGGAUGUGUGGCAUUGUUAGCAGUAUUUUAUAUUUAUUUUAUUUUGCCCGAAACUAAAGGCAAGAGUUUAUUAGAAAUUGAAGAGUAUUUUAAAACUGGGAAAUUUCCCACCGCCAAUCAGCCAAUUGAGAAUGAAAUGAAAGAAGUGUUUAUUAAGAAAUAAAUAAAAGUGAAUGUGAAUUAUAAAUAAGUGAAAUUGAAAAAUGUUCUCAAAUAAAAUAACAAAAAAAAAAAAAGAAAGAAAACAAAACCAAAAGACUGUAGUUAGAAUUUUCAAAAAAUUUAAAAAAAAUAAUAAAACAAAUAUUUUAUCUGUUUUUCUUGUGAUGAUUGUUAAACAAAAAUUUAAUUUUUUCUUAAAUUUAAAAUAAAUGUUAAAAAAUA